AUGGAAUGUCGCAUCUCUCGGAUGCGUCCAGCGCGCGCGCGCGCACACAACAGAUGGAGCCUCAUGUUUUCUGAGUGUAGGGUUAAUACCGACUGGAGGGGGCGUGGCUUAGAUCAAUAAUAACCGCCUCACUGUAGUGUACUGUAAAAAGGGAGAGAGAGAAAGAGAGAGAGAACCAAAAUCACUGUCCUGGCAGCCCCGGGAGCGCGUCUGUCUGCGGUCCACGCUGGAUGCGCGCAGCAGCAGCAGCAGCAGCAGCAGCAGCUCUCCACCGGAGGAAAUGACUUGGCGACGGCGCGACCAGGAAUGACUGUCUGAUCGUCGACCCGCCGCGGAGUCCCGGGGAGAUCCUCUCGGACGAGAAGGGCGGCGCAGUGGCUCGCUGGAGGAGAGGAGAUCGGAUGGGGUGAACCCAGAUCUGGAGAAUCGUCGGUGAAGUAAAGUCCACCCAGUGUGGAGAGAGCCACAGCCCGGCCGCCUCGUCGGCGCUGCGCCUUACGUAACGGAGCGGCGAAGGAGGGACCGGCAGGGAAACUGCUGCCGCCGAGCUGUUGAGUCUCCAGCGAGGAGCCGCAGGUGCAGGUGAACGGAGAGGGGUCAAGUCACAAGCUCUUCUAUCCGCUCAGCAUGAGCGGCGACGACACCGUCCCCCAUCACCAGUGAGCACGUCGACAUGACCGAGGCCUGCAGGCCGGGCCGAGGGGCCGCCGCUGUGGAGGCUGAGGUCGUCCUCCACGCCGCGAACCCCGACCUUGUCGCGCCUGCCGACAAAGAUCCGCGUCCACACCAUGUCCAGGGGUUCCUGCAGGGCGGCAAGGAUUUCGGCCCCCCUCCGGUGUUCGGGAAGGAAUACCUGCUGGACGGGAGGCUGAUGGAGAAUAAUCACAUUGAUCACCAGAGAGGCAACGGCUCGUACGUGUCGAGAGCCGAGCAGUCCAACGACAAGGGGGCUCUGGAUCGGCCUCCUCGCGCCGACGCCGACGCCGACGCCGCUGUGUCCAAUCGCGUCUCUGGCACGCGGCAUAAUUGUGAAAGUAGUCAAAUCCACAACGGCGCCAGAGCUAAAGUGUCUUACGGUGCAGAUUCCUCUGUGUGCCCUUCGAGCCAAGCCAAACAGGAAACCGAUCGGUCAGUUCUCAACUCGAACCUCGGUCGGGAAGCCGAAAAUUCCCAGGCUGAAAAAGAGCCUGAUUUAGUCAUCGAGGUUGGCGGGCGGACGAUCAGUGCCCACAAGUCUGUCCUGGCGGAGAAGAGUGAUUACUUUAAGGCACGGCUGUCGCGAGACAUCCUGAAAGUGAAGGGGGUGAGCUACAAGACUCUGUCUACACUGAUCGACUACAUCUACACCUCCCAGGUGACCGUCAGCAAGGACAAUGUCGUGGACGUCAUCACGGGCGCCAAAAUCCUUCAGAUCCCCUGCGCGGUCCAGGCGGCCAUGGACUCCAUGUCCGAACAGAUCACCGUGGAGAACUGCUACGAGAUUCUGACCAUCGCCAAAAAGCAGCGACUGAGCGAGCUGAAGGAGACGGCCUACGGGUUCAUGAGCGACAACUACCUCCAGGUCCUCAAAGAGCCCGCCGCGUACGGGCGCCUGACCGGAUCUGAGCGGGACCUGAUCCUGAAGAAGAGGAUGGAGGGGAGGAAGACCCUGAUGGUCGCGGAGAUAAACGACGUGUUCGAUCGCGUCGGCAGCCGGCCGCCGAGUCGCUGCGGCAGUCGACCGCAGAGCCCCUUGUCGGUGGGGUCUUUCGAGGAGAGCCAUAUGAUUUACCACUUCGACGAAACGGCGAACGACUGGAGACCUUUGACCGCGAUGCCGGAGGACAUCAACACGAAAGGAUGCGGGAUCUGCACCAUGUUCAACUACCUGUUUGUGGCGGGCGGGAUCAGGGGCUACGGGGACAAGGGCAAGGUCUCGGACAAAGUCUUCUGUUACAACCCCAUAACCAACCGCUGGGCCGAGGUCCGGCCUCUGAGCCAGGCCCGUGCCCAGCUCAAGCUCGUGUCCAUGGACGGCCACUUGUACGCCAUCGGAGGGGAAUGUUUGUUUACGGUGGAAAAGUACGACCCCCGCAUGGACCGCUGGACCGCCGUGGCCCCCUUGCCCAAGGGGGCUUUCGCCGUGGCCCACGAGGCCACCACCUGCAGCGGGGAGCUCUACGUUUCGGGGGGCUCUCUCUUCUACCGCCUCCUCAAGUACGAGGCCAAGAGGGACGAGUGGCAGGAGUGCCCCUUCAACAACAGCCGCAAGAGGUCCACCGACAUGGUGGCGUUCAAGAGCUUCAUCUACCGCUUCGACGUCAACCGCGAGCACGGCAUCAACGUGUUCAAGUACAACGCCAUAGUGAAAAUGUGGCACGAUUGCGCGGCGCAGAGGCCCGGCAGUCAUUUGCCCUUCCGGUGCGCCGUCAUCGGGAACUGCAUCUACUGUGUGAACAAAUCCCAGACGCUACAGUUUGUGGUGGAGGAGGAGAACGCCCACUUUGUGGAGGAGGCGCUGAGGGCACCUCUGGAGGCGAAAGGCGUUCUAUUUCCUUUUGUGCUCACUUUGCCUGAAAAGCCUGAACGAGCUACAUAGUGUGUUUGUGUGUGUGUGUGUGUGUGUGUGUGUGUGUGUGUGAAUGAUCCAGAAUAACAAUAUAUUUGUCAAGGGAAAACUAGAGUAAGCAGAAGACCCUAUAUACACUAUUCAGUGUCAGCUUUCUAUCUCAGUGUCUCGAUGCCUGCUUGCAAUGGAAUGUGUGUAUUUGCAUGGCAAUGUAACGCGUCCACAGGGGUUACGCCUUAAAAGGAAAAAAAACCUUCUUUAAUUUUAAAUUAGUGUCGAGUGAACGCAACCAUAUUUGUACCUGACUGUAGAUAUAUGACGUGAUGAAAGUGACUGUAGAUUAUUUUGUGUGCAUAGUUUCGUUCUGUGCAAUUUCAGUAGUUAGAGUAGACUCGAUUUAGAAUAUAUCAACUUCGUUAAGCCGGUGACUUUGGUGACAAAAAGUGUUCAGUGGGAAAUGGUAUUGGAAAAAAACAGGAUGGAAGCAGUUCCAGUGCGCGUUAUGGACGACGAAACACAGGUUCUAUGCAAAUGAUACGGUAUAUACAGGAGGGUCGGCUAUUUAACAGUUGCUCUGGGUGGAUUUGACUGGAACGAGUACAAUAUUGCUCAAAACCUGAUCUGCACCGAACUUUGAUUCAUCCUGUGAGAUAUUGGCACAUUAUGAUCUGUAAUGUGACGUAUCCAUCUCUCUACAGUGUCUAAGUGUUUUAUGGAGCACGCUGGACCUCUCGUCAAUUCGUUCGAAUCGAACCAGCAUUUCAUCUCGGUCUGCCAACAACUUAAAGCUUUAGAUUUUUUUCAGAAAGUGAACUCACGAUUACAAACACCAUGAACUACAUUUAUUUUUUAGAUUCAGAAUAUGGUAUUUUGCUCAUAGUGCCUACGCAAGGGUGCAACAGUUCCUGCAUUUAGCACAUUUGCCAAAGAUGAACAAAUAAUUCUGCAAGGCUACAUAAUAAACCCAUCAGACUUAAAUAUAAUGUAUUUUCACAUCUUUUGUAGGUCCUUAAUGAAAAGCCACAGUCAAGUCAAAAAAAGAAGACAACAGUAGUUGUAGUAGGAGGAAGGGAAGGGCGUUGUGUUUGCUGCUAUUUCAAGAAGGGUUUGGAAACCAGGUCGCUCAAAAUCCACAGAGAUGCUUCCGGAAUCUCCCCGUACGUGUUUCUGAGAAACAGCUGCAGGUCACCAGGUCUCAGCACAGCCCUCACAAAGGCGCCCCCGGGCCUUUUGACACUAAUUCACCAUGUUCUGCUUGCGUCGGUGUUCGUAAAUACCAGUUUUUGUUUCUCUGAACAGUACUCGUUUGCAGCUUGCAAUAACACAGCGGGGGGUUUUUUUGUAUGGAAGCUACAGUGAAUGUUGAUAUAUUCUUGGAACAGAUAGCUUUUGAUAAUAUUUGUAGGAGUGUAUCCAUGCAGUCGAUGUGACUCGAGACAAAAUGGAUGUGGUUUUGUAUUUUUGGCUGGCUGGCUGGCACCUGUACUUUUGUGAUUUUCUUUUUGUUUUUGUAAGGAUUUGGUCGUUUUUGGAUCUGCUGCUGAUUGAUGGACAGUAAAGUGACGCAACGCUGAGGCUUCCUGUUCAAGUCAUAUACGACGUGGGCUUACAAAACAAGCUGUUGGAUAAUGUAUAUCAGUCAGAAUUAAGUGCUUAAAAUAAAAAUGUCUACGGCAAAUAAAUGGUGAAGUGCU